AUGUUCGGAUUCGGAUCUCGCCGCACCCACCGCGCUACCACGACCACUGAGCCUCAUACGGCUGGUCGUCCUCGCCGUCACUUCUUCCGCAAGCGCGUGAACCCAGACCAGAGAGCUGCAGGUCUCAAGGCCGCGCUCGCUAAUCCAAACACAACCCGAGAGGGUCGACAAGAGGCAAAGAUGGAGCUGCACUCGAUGGGACGAAGUGCCCACGUACCGCUCUCCACUCGCAUCAAGCGCACACUUGGUAUCCGUUCCACGCCAAGAGCCCAGCGCAAGCGUGCUGCUCGUCGCCAACGCCUCUAA